AUGCGCUCUCCCCUAGAAGCGCCCUUCGCCCCUGUGGGGGCGAUGGAGGAGCAGCAGAUGCUGCAGGUCAGGGCCUGCACAGAGAGCGAAUUUGAAGAGUCGUACACCGCCAUCACCGCUGUUGACGCGAUUAUGGAUGAAGGAGUGUUUGAGCAUCUUAAGAAGUACAGCAGCUACAAAUACUCUCUCUAUCAGCAGCGGAAGCAGCAGCAGCAGCAGCUGCUGCAGCAGCAGCGGCAACAACUGCAGCAACGACUGCAGGAAGUUCAGGCAAGCCUGCAGCAGCUCCAGGAUGCAGCAAGGCAGCAGGAGCAGCAGCAGCAGCAACAACAACAGAAGCAGGAGGAGCAGCAAGAUGCUGCUACUGCUGAUGUAGUAGUUGACACUGGGGAGCCACAGACCAAACAGGAGGAGGAGCAGCAGCAGCAGCAGGAGCUGCAGCAGCUGCAGCAGGAGCAGCAGGAGCUGCAGGCUCAGCUGAAUGAGUUGCAGAGGCAGCAGCAAAUGGAGGUUUUGAAUGAGUUUGCUGCAAUCCGACGCAUAAACAACGAAGCAUGCACCCUCUUGGCUAGCAACUAUGAGGGGUAUGCAUGGAUGUGUCAGGUAGCAGCAAGAGUAACAGAGUUGCUGCACCUCCCUGAUGAUACAGAUUUAACAGAGGGGGCCCCCCCGGGGGGCCCCCUAGGGGCCCCCCAAGGCCAUCCCCCCCAAAGAGUUCCCUUGGGGGGCAGGCGGCAACAUGGGGGGGCCCCUGGUGGAGUACCCGGGGGGGCCCCUGUUGGGGGGCCCCCUGGAAGCUCCAUGGGGGGCCCCAAUGAGGGGGCCUGGGGGGGGUCCUCAGGAGGGGGCCCUGGGGGCCCCGAUAGGUCGCAUACAAGUGAUGCUGCAGCGCAGCAAAAGCAGCGGGAGCUGCAGCAAGAGCAGGAGCAGCAGCUGCUGGGUUACAGCAGAUCCAGCAGCAACAAGAAGCUUGAGCUGGCCUCUGCUGAUAGUGUUCUCAUAGCCGCGUUGUGCGAACUCCUUGCGACGAAGUACAACUCCCAUGUCUCAAGGAAGCUGUUGCAAGACAAAUCGCAGCACGGCAGUUGGCAACCUCCUCCCUUCUACUGGCAUCUGUUCGAUCAUCCAAGUAUAGUACGUCAAAUGCUUCAAUUAUAUCGGCAGAGACCACAAGACGAAUUCCUCGCUUGUUGGUUCGAAGAUUUUUCCUUACAUCAAAGACAGCCGCCACUAUCUCAUCUUCUUCCUUCUGGAUCCGAUGCUGUACAAACCGCUAAUGUGGUGAUGAUGACCGUUAGGGAGAUAGUUCCCGUUGUUGUUGUUGCUGCUGCUGUUGCUGCUGUGCUGCAGCUGCUGCAGCAGUCCCGCUUAACGAGCAACUUUUCGGUGUUUACGCUGCGAGUCAGCGAGGAGUUGAGAAGCUUUCUCCUCCGGGACGAGCGUGAGGAAUUGUUUUCUAUGAACUUGUCUAACAUAUCCUCCCUCUUUCUUCACGCGGAAAAUGCAUAUUUCUACGCCCUCGCCCUCUUUAUCUUUGUUGCUGGUUGGCGUCCGGACCUGUGCGGUGCCCGUCGUCUAGCUCAAUUGUUAACUCGCUUGGUGGUGCAGCCGGGUGGGGUUGCUGCUGCUGCUGCUGCUGUGCAGCAGCAGCAGCAGCAGCAGCAACUGCAGCAAGGAGAGGCAGCAGCAGAUGAGGCCCACCCCUCUCCUGAUGCAGCAGCAACUCACAUGCCAACGCAGGUGGAGAGACAGCGAGAAGUUUCUGCUGCUCAGCUGUACUUACUCCUAUCCAACUUAGAUGAGUUUCCUCGUUUGGCUACAUUAUUUAGAAGUAUAACUCGUUCUCUUUUUAUAGGGGUGGAUAUACACCUGGCGCCUGCAGAUGCAUGCGAUUUAUGUGACAUAGUAGAGCAGCUGCUGCAGCAAUUCGAGCAGCAGCAGCAGCUGCUGUAUGAGAGGCCUGCUGCACCAAAAAAAACACCAGCAGCAGCAGCAGCAGUAGCAACAGCAGCAGCAGCAGGAUAUGAUGAUGAUGGUGAUGAUGAUGCUGCAGUCAAGAUGGAGGGCAGCAACACCUUGGGAGGUGGUUCUGCUGCUGCUCAGCAGCAGCACGCACAGCAGCAGCAGCAGCAGCAGCAGCAGCAGCAGCAGGCGCAGCUGCAACAAUGCCACCAACCACGUCUUGCUUCUUCGAUGCACCUCCAGCAGCAGCAGCAGCAGCAGUAUUUGCACGGGAUGCAGCAUAUGCCCCCAGCUAUACAUAUGCAUCAGCAACUGCAGCAGCAGCAGGAGGAAGAGGAGCAGGAGGAGCAGCAGCAGCGCAGCAAGAGGCGACGCAGCAUUGAUGAGAGUGUCCUAACUAUCGACAGCAGCAGCAGCAGCGACAGCAGCAGCCUUAGCAGCAGCAGCAUCAGCAGCAGCACCCUUAGCAGCAGCACAACUGGAUUUAGCGCCAUGCGUAUGCAGCAGCAGCAAGCAGAGCAGCAGCAGCAGCAGCAGCAGCAUAUGCAACAGCAAACCCUUGCGCAUCAGCAGCAGCAGGCAUAUUACAUGCAACAACAGCCGCAGCAGCAGCACCAGCUGCUGCAGCAGCACGUGCAGCAGCAGCAGCAAGCUGCUGCUGAGGGGGAAGAAGAAGUCUUAGAGAUGCCAUCAGCAAGUCAAUAUGGCAUCUCAAGGCCUUGGCAUUUAGAAUACCGCAGAACGCGGGGUGCCCCUGUGGAGCCACCAUUGGCUGCAUUGAGGGAGACUGCGUUAUUGGAUUCUUUGCUGGAUGAUUUUGUAAACCCUCGUUUGCUGCUGCAGCAGAAGCAUCAGACAACGCAUAGACUCAGCAGCAGCACCAGCAGCUUUGGGGGAGGAGGGGAGCCUCAAUUCCUUAAGUACGCAAACCUCCUUGUUGCUCUCUGCGUCCGCAGUGCUUAUGAGUUAACACGCAGGUGGUGGGAGGGACGCAAGCAGCAGAGGCAGCAACAGCAGCAGCAGCAGCAAAUGCUGCUGCAGCACGACCACGAACAACCAGCCGAACAUGAACCAUGGCAAUUCGAUGGAGACCCAGAAGAAAUGCAAAGAAGCUCUGAUGAGUGGUCUAGUAAUCAUUCAUCAAUUUCGGACAUUUCUGAUUCUGAGCAUCAAAGACUUCAAAUGGAAGAUUUAUUCGAAGAGCCAGAGCAUCACUUACCAGGUAUAUAUCUGCAGCAGCUGCAGCAGCAGCAGCUGCUGCAGCAGCAGCAGCAGCAGGUGGCGGUGGUGAUGGUGGUGCUGCUGUUGUUGGUGUUGUUGUUGUUGCUGCUGCUGUAUCGUUUGGUGCUGCUGUUGCUGCUGCUCUUUUUGGUGACAGCGAAAGGUGCCUCCUUUAGAACACAGCAGCAAUUCUUCAAGCACCAGCAAGUAGAGGACAAGGCCCCGCCUGCGCUUCUCCUGCAGCAGCAACAGCAACAGCAGCACCAACUAUUCCUGUCGCAGCAGCAGCAACUGCACCCGCUGCAGCAGCAGCAACAGAACCAUCCGCAACAGCAACUCUACACACCAGACCAGCUGAUGUACAUGCAGCAGCAGCAGCAACAGCAGCAGCAGCAGUUUAUGCUACAUGGGGCUCAUUCGAUGCAACAACUGCAGCAGCAGCAGCAGCAGGGACCCCCAUUAAGUCAUCCCUACGAUAUGAUGCAGCAAGAGAUGCAGCAGCAGCGCUUGCAGCAGCACCACCAACAGCUGCAGCAACAACAACUGACGCCCUUGCAGCAGCAGAUACAGCAGCAUCAGCAACAGCAGCAACUGCAACACCAACAGAUGCAACAGCAGCAGCUACAGCACCAGCAAGAACAGCUGCAGCACCAACAGAUGCAGCAGCACCAGCAGCAACAGAUGCAGCAGCAACAAAUGCUACAACAGCAGCAGUUUGGACAGCAGCUGCUGCACCAACAGCUACCACAGCAGCAGCUGCAGCAGCAUGGGCUCCAGCAGCACCAGCUGCAGCAGCAUGAGUUCCAGCAGCAACAGAUGCAGCAGCAACAGAUGCAGCAGCAACAGAUGCAGCAGCAACAUAUGCAGCAGCAGCAGAUGCAGCACCAGAUGCAGCAACAACAGAUGCAGCAGCACCAGAUGCAGCAACAGCAGAUGCAGCAGCAACAGAUGCAGCAGCACCAGCUCCAACAGCAACAGCUGCAGCAGCAGGGGCUCCAGCAGCACCAGUUGCAGCAGCCGAUGCAGCAGCCGUUGCAGCAGCAGCAGCUGCAGCAGCUGCAGCAGCAAUAUUACUCUUCUGGGCAGCAGGAGCCGCAGCCAAACCCGCUUCGAUUGGAGCAGCAGCAGCAGCAGCAGCAGUUGUACCUGCAGCAGCAGCAACAGCAGCAGCAGCAGCAACAGGAGCCGCAGCUGCUGCUAGCUGAAGCUCUCAACUCAGAAGAAGGUUGGGAGAAGAGAAGUGAUUACGACUCAUCAUCUGUGACGCAGAGCAGCAGCAGCAGCAGCAGCAGUAGCAGCAGCAGCAGCAGCAGCUUGGCCUCAAGCAGCAUUGUAACAUCAGUGACUCCUUCUGCUGUAGGCAAUCGGGAGUGGCAUAACGAGGAUCAACAACAACAGCAGCAGCCAUGGCAGCAGCUGCAGCAGCACCAGCUGCAGCAGCAGCAGCAGCAGCAGCAGCCGGUAUAUUAUGGUGGUGGUAAGGCAUUCAACGCAUACAAUUCCCCAGAAAGUAUCCCUAUAUCUUCUGCUCCUUCUUCCUCCUCUCCCUCUUCCUCCUCUGCUGCUGGUGGAGCAGCAGCAGGAGGAGAACAACAACAACCACCACCAACAGCAGCAGCAGCAGGAGGAGGAGCAGCAGCAGACACAAGCAGCUUACUAGGUAGCGAGAUAUAUCGUAUAUGCCGGAGGGAAGAUUGGGGUUUAAGCGAUAAAUGGCAUGCAAUGUUGGGGUGUAUAGGCACCAAUGUUGCUGCAUCUGCUGUCUUAUCAUUUGUACGUCAGCAGCUUCUUGGUAGCAGCAGCAGCAGCAGCAGCAGCAGCACUGCAGCAGCAGCUGCUGCAGCAGCAGAUGCAGCAGCAGACCCACUACUUAUGGUUACUGAUGGACUCCUCGUCCUCCUUAAGUUCAUGGUGGAUCUACACCGCAACAAGAGGCCCCCAGUAGUAGACCUCCUAGGGAGAUUAUUUGUAUCGGGCGGAAACCGCCGCGAAGCCCCAGCCUUUGCUGAGAAGCGCAUGGAGCGGCGAGUGGCUAUCGCCCGGUUUUGGCUAUACGUCUGCAAAUACGAAGGCGAAUUUGUUGCUGUUAUAUCCGUCUUUAAGCGCGUUUACUCCCACACGGACCGCAGCAUUUGCCGUUUUUUUCUGUCGGAGUUGUUGCGUCUUUGUGAGAAGAGUGCAUUUAGAGGGAGCGAAGCGGAGGGGAGGCGAUUGUCUUCUGCUGUUCUUUCUUUUAUUGAUCAAACCCUCCGAUUCUGUAAUGCUCCUAACCCCGUGCCUACUGAGGUAGCUGAGCUGGCUCAGGCAGUGCGCGUUCGCUUGCUGGCUCUGCCGCAAGAAGACGCUUGA